CACACACACACACACAAACACACACACAUGAUCUGUGCUCUUCUGUGUGUGUUUGUGUGAUGAUGGACGUUCUGGAGAUCUCCACACGAAACCCUCAGGAUGACUUUGAGAUUCUGCUGCGGGUCGGUGGAGGAACGUAUGGAGAAGUUUAUAAGGCUCGCAGUAAACAGAAAGGGGAAUUCGCAGCCAUUAAAAUCAUUAAAAUGGAGCCUGAAGAUGACUUCUCUGUCAUCCAGCAAGAGAUCGUGAUGGUGAAGAGCUGCAAACACAGAAACAUCGUGGCGUAUCACGGCAGUUACAUCAGGAUGAAUAAACUGUGGAUCUGUAUGGAGUAUUGCGGUGGAGGAUCUCUGCAGGACAUUUACCACGUGACUGGUCCUCUGUCAGAGCAGCAGAUCGCUUACAUCUGUCGAGAGAUGCUACAGGGUCUUGAUUAUCUUCACGGACAGAAGAAGAUCCACAGAGACAUCAAGGGAGCAAAUAUUCUUCUGAAUGAUCAUGGAGAAGUCAAACUGGCGGACUUUGGCAUCUCGGCACAAAUCACAGCCACUUUUGCCCGUCGAAUGUCGUUCAUUGGGACGCCGUAUUGGAUGGCUCCGGAGGUGGCCGCUGUCGAGAUUAAGGGCGGCUAUAAUGAGCUGUGUGACAUCUGGUCUGUGGGAAUCACAGCGAUUGAGCUCGCAGAACUACAGCCGCCUCUGUUUGAUGUUCAUCCUCUCAGAGUUUUGUUCCUGAUGUCCAAGAGCGGCUAUCAGCCUCCCAAACUCAAGGACAAAUCCAAAUGGUCCACCACAUUCUACAACUUUGUGAAGUCCAUGCUGAUCAGGAACCCAAAGAAGAGACCCAGCGCUAAAAAGAUGCUGAUGCAUUUGUUCGUGACACAGCCGUCUUUGAGACAAGAGUUAACCCUCGAAAUACUGGACAAACUCAGACACCCUGAGAAACUCAAAGAAUGUUUACACACGGAUGACGAUGAUUUGGAGGUGAUUGUCCCACAUUCACUCAGAAGAAUUCACUCAAUCAACCGACACAACCGGGCCGAGAGGACGAACUCAGACAUCAGCUUGGAACAGAUUUACACACAGAGACCCGUCGCUGGCAAACGAGAGUCUCAAGAAGGAACGUUACGGACGUCAGGAGGUCAGUGGACGAGUCCUCCCAUCACUUCCAGAAGAAGGGAUGAGAGUGUGGACACGGACGACGAUUAUGACGACGUGGAAAUACCAGCGAGUAGCACACUGCAGUUCAGUGAUGACGUUCCUCCUCCUCUUCCUCCCAAAGUGAGUCGCUCCACUGCGUCUGCUCACAGAUUAAACCUGAAGUUCAUCAAAACAUAUCCAGAAGGAAAUGUAGAUCCGUCUGCAUUCUCUAGUUUCCACACUGAUCCACCAGCAGACCUUCAGCCUCCUGAACUUCCACCAAAGGACAGAAGACGCAGACAAGCUCCUCAGGAUCCGGUCGAGUGUGUCAGUCCAGUGGUCAAGAAACCGCCGAUUGUCUUCAGGAAGGUCUUUCACGGCUGUCCUCUGAAGCUCAGCUGCUCGAGCUCAUGGGAGCAUCCCACCACUAAAGAUCAGCACCUGAUCUUCGGGGCGGAUGAGGGGAUCUUCACACUAAACCUCAACAGUUCUGAGACCACCAUGGAGCUGCUGUUCCCGGGCAAGUGUGUGUGGCUCUAUACCAUUGGAGGCGUGUUAAUGUCCGUCUCAGGGAAGUCGUCGCAGCUGCACUCACACUCGCUGAAGGAGCUGUACGAACAGACGCGCAGAGAGCAUCGCAUCGUUGCACUGCCGACACACAGACUGUUGCCACGGAAGUUUGCAAUCAGCACGAAGAUUCCAGACACAAAGGGAUGCAGAACAUGUACAGUGGCUCAUAACGCUCAGAACGGCUGUGUGUUUCUGUGCUGUGUGCUGGAGUCCAGCGUGGUUCUGCUGCAGUGGUACGAGCCAAUGCACAAGUUCAUGCUGAUCAAGCAAUUUGACUUCCCUCUGCCGACGCCGCUGCGUGUGUUUGAGAUGAUGGUGCUUCCGGAUCAGGAAUAUCCUCAGGUUUAUAUCCGAGUGAGCAAAGGAUCCGGGCCGUCACACCCGGUUCAGCUGGACUACAUCGACCUGAACUCAAACACAUCGUGGUUCGCUGAUACUGGACUCGAGAACCGCUGCGCUGACAGAGUUCAGUUGAAUCAGCUGGACAGCGACACACUUCUAGUUCUGAUUGACAACUCUGUUCAUACGGUUGCUCUGGAUGGAUCAGCUAAAUGUCACAGACACCUGACGGACGUCUCCUUUAAGUUAGACAUCGACGCCGUGGUGUAUCACGAGAAGACACUGAUCGCCGUCUGGAAACACGGCUGGCAGAGGAGAGGUCAGGGGUCAUCAGAGAUCCUGCAGGAGAUCACUGACCACAAGAAGACAUUCCGGCUGCUGGGAACCGACAGAAUUGUUGUCAUGGAGAAGCGAGCAUGUGAUGACCAAUCAGGACUCUGUAAUCUGUACAUCCUGGAGACAGUUGACUCCGCCCCUGUUUCCCAAACACACACAGCCAACUUCUGUUAUUAAUUAAACUCCUCCUGGUGUUAAUAAAGAGGUCAGGUGUGAGAACACAGGCCACGUCUGUCUGCAGUCGGUGUGUGUGUGUGUGUGUGUGUGUGUGUGUGUGUGUGUGAUCUCUCAGUGAUCAGUCCACUGGUGAACCAUUACAAGAAGACCAACUUGUACAGUUUCUGACUAGUUUGCUGCACAGUAAGAUUCAGAAACAGAGAAAUCCAGAGCAGGUGAGAAUGUAGACGGGAAGCCUAGAGCUGUAUUUCUAGAUUUCUGAGUAUUUCAAAUCAAGUCACCUUUAUUUGUAUAGCGCUUUAUACAAUGCUGAGACACAGCAGGUUCUGACAGCGCCAUCAUU